CCGGUCCAUGUGUAUCUUCCUCCCCUUCCCCACCACUGACCGACCGUAGGAUGCCUCUUCUUCCCCUGCGGGCUGCGGCCUCAUCCAUGAAUAGCGCCGCCGGCCUCCGCAUCUCCUGCGCCGUCACCCGGCCCUUUGUCCUCGAUGCGCCACCGCGUGCGCGAGCUCCCCCGGCCGCCGCUCGAAUAGCCAAUCCAAGCCGCAUCAGCUCGACGCCUUUCGCCUUGUCCAACGACCUCCUCCCUCUCGACCGUCGGAGGACCUGGAAUGGGUGGGAGGCGCAGAGGUCGGGCACGAGACCAGUACAGCUUUCGGUCAGUCAACGUUUGGCGCUCCACAUCACCAACUACUUCUGAAGGAUUGCAGGAAGGAGCAGCAAGAAGAAAAUUCUAUCCGUACUAGCGGCACGGCGUGGUUUGCAAGGUUCGAUGAAUCUAAAGCCUGCGAGUCUUGCAUCUGGUCAAAUAUAUCUGCUACGAAUGUUCAUCUUGUUUCUGCUGGGCCAGCAGACUGUACUCGGGGACUGUCGGUCCUCAACACUCUUCAUUCACUCACUGAUGAACAGCUACGCGGUGUUUCAGACUUCAGAUUCUUCUUCAGUCAAUGAUACUGUACAUGCCUGUGUGGAAGUCAUAUGACUUUCUUUCGUGCACGCGUUUCCUUGUGUAAUCCUGGCAGGCAGGCAGAGGCGUUUCGUACAGGCAGGCAGAGGUGUAAUCACUUCAUUUUCAACAAUAAACGGCAUCAGGGCUAUAUAUCUAUGUAUGUAAUGUUUGUUUCAAGCUUCACCUAUGAACUAGUCCUGCACAACAUGAGCCUUCUCCUUGCCUUGGAGCUGCUGCUGCUCCUGCUUGCCUUGCCAUGCCUUUCUUGUAGGAGUACCUCAAAUGCAACGCAUCCGUCACUAUGACUAGAUCGGCAAGCAGAGGCACUUCUCCAAUGGAAAGCUGGCCUAUAUAGAAGAGGGACCUAUCGUCUGGACUCAUGGACAAAGGGAACCAGCCCCUGUAACUGGACCGGCGUUGCCUGCAGCAAUGCCGGUGAUGCUGCCUUAGUUGUGUCCAACAUUUCGCUUCCGCUAUGUGUCCUUGAUGGCAGGCUGGACAGGCUCCAUUUUGCAGACUUGCAUCAUCUUGUAUAUCUGAAUCUCAGUUACAACCAUCUCUCGGGACCAAUCCCAUCAAGCAUUGGUACUCUUGCCAAGCUCACUCACUUGGAUCUGUCUGCCAAUGACCUGCAAGGAUCUAUCCCAACGUCCUUAUGUAAUUGUACUAAACAAACCUCCAUCGAUCUCUCUUACUACAAUUUAUUUCUACCAUGCCUACUACAGUAAGAACACUCGGGAAUUUAAUGAGCCUCUCCACUUUUUUGCAGAUUUACCCCAUCUUGUCAGUCUGGACCUCAGUAGCAACUCUCUCUGGGGCGUAAUUCCAUCAAGUAUUGGCGCUCUUGCCAAGCUCGCGCUCUUAGAUCUAUCCUUCAAUCUUCUUGAUGGACCCAUCCCGCCAUCCAUAGGUAGUUGUACUAAACUAACCUCUCUUGAUCUCUCACAUAAUAUUUUGUCCAAAAGAUCAAUUCGAAGCAUAGGAAAUUUGAUGAGUUUACGAUACUUAGAUCUUUCCAACAAUCAAAUAAAUGGUUCCUUCCCUUCGCCAUUUUGAAAUUAGCCUCUCUAACAACACUGGCACUUGGAUACAAUCAGCUUAAGGGCCUAUUACCGUCACAAUUUGGAUCUCUUAUUAUUCUCUCACAUCUGGAUCUUUCCAACAAUCAGAUCACGGGUUCCAUUGGUAGCAUAGCAAAUCUAACAAGUUUAGAAUUUCUGGAUCUUUCCAACAAUCGGAUCACGGGUUCCAUUGGUAGCACAGGAAAUCUAACAAGUUUAGAGUUCUUGGAUCUUUCCAACAAUCGAAUAAAUGGUUCCAUCCCUUCGACAUUCUCAAAAUUAAUCUCUCUUACAACACUAUCACUCAAGUCCAAUCAGCUUAAUGGAAUGUUACCACCAGAGUUAGGAUCUCUUGUUCUUCUCUCAUAUCUGGAUCUAAGUAGAAAUCAAUUUUCAGGAAGCAUUCCACCUCAGAUAGGACAAUGUCAGUUUUUAUCGUCGUUACUCGUGUCAGACAACUUAUUGACAGGACAGAUACCACAAGAAAUUGGAUAUCUUGCCAACUUAUAUGAGCUCGAUUUGAGUAAAAACAAUUUAAGCAGUGCCAUCCCAGUGACUUUCUCUUAUUUUUACCAACUGUUGGAACUGAAUUUAUCAUAUAAUAAUUUGGAUGGCAGUGUUCCAUUUAUCGCUGCUGCCAUGAUCUCACUUGACCAUAAUACGUACUUAUGCGGCAAUUUGUAUGGCUUAACUCCAUGUGAUACACCGAAGCUCGACGUGGAUCACCAAAAUAGGAAACAUCCAAGUAUGGUACUUCUUGCUCUUUUUGCACCCUUUUCCUUUGCUUGCCUCUCAAUAGUAAGCAUCAUGGUCGUCUGUUGGAGAAGAAAGUAUGUAAAAAGCACAACCAAAAGCAAGUCUGGAGAUAUACUUUCCAUAUGGAAUUUUGAUGGGAAGAUCGCGUUCGAAGACAUCCUCAGCGCAACAGAAAAUUUCGAUGAGAAAUAUUGCAUUGGUGUUGGAGGAUACGGAUCUGUCUUCAGAGUUCAUCUUGAAGGCGGGAUUACCUUUGCCGUCAAGCUCCUUCACUCAGUGGAAGAAUACAGCGACGAGGGAACAUUUCACGCCGAGAUUGAAGUGUUGACAAAAAACAGGCACCGAUGCAUCGUUAAGCUGUAUGGCUUCUGUUCCCACUCCCAGUGCAAAUUCCUCGUGUAUGAUCUUAUCGAGAGGGGAAGCUUGUCAUCCAUUAUGCACGAGCAAGGGCUUGCGAAGAAGCUGGAUUGGCCCAGGAGAGUUGCUGUUGUGACAGACGUAGCUCAAGCUCUCUCCUACUUGCACCAUGACUGCGGCGAUCCAAUCGUGCACCGCGACAUAAAAAGCAGCAACAUUCUUCUGGACAUCGAUUAUAAGGCUUAUGUUUCGGACUUCGGCAUGGCGAGGAAACUGAAGCAUGGCUACUCAAGCUGGAGCACUAUUUUUGCAGGCACAUGUGGCUACAUAGCUCCUGAGCUGUCAUCUACCAUGGUUUUGACUGAGAAGUGCGACGUGUACAGCUUUGGUGUGGUUGCGCUGGAAGUUUUAAUGGGAAAGCACCCAGGCGAUCUCCUCCUUCCGUUCUUUUGCCGAACAGAGCAGCAAGGGAAGUUCAAGGAUACCCUGGAUCGACGCGUCGCAGCACCGUCCACCGUCGAGGAGGAGAAGGAUGUCAUUUUGGUUGCCUUGGUGGCCUUUGCUUGCCUGCAAGUCAACCCCAAAGCUCGGCCAACAAUGCAGCAGGUAUAUCACCCACUAACAAAUAGAAACCACCCAGGGCUCAUGCUCAGACCCCUUCCUGAAAUCAGUCUUCAAGGGUUGCAUGAGUAUUGUGGCACCAUAAAGAAUAUAUGAAGCUAUAUAGCUAGUCUCCUGUGUUGGAAAUUAUAUAUUUGGACUGUAUAUUUUAUUUCUGUGUUGACUUCGAGACAGAAGGAUGGAUAGCAGGAAAAUACAUCCUUUGUACGUUGACUUGGUAUUGUUACUUGUAAUUUCAGUAUUGAAAAUCGCAUGGUUUGGCAAAACUGUUGGAUGAAAUAAUAUGCAUUCCC